AUGCUCUUUGUGUCCUUCAGCAACCGCAGAGGCGCUAGAGACAAGCUACCAGCUCGUGUCAACAGAAUGAAAAACUUUGAACAAGAAGAUAUAAAGGGGGAACUUAAAAACUUUGCAUUACGAGAGAGUAUCCAGGAUUCAACCAGGCAGCACAGAAAGGAAGCCAACAGUGGACAUUUUACAUGGAUUAUGUCCGCCAUCCAGAAAGGUGAUGUGGCGGCUUUGCAGCAGCUGUCUGAGCACCAGUCCUCCUUCAGAGAGCAGGACAGUCGCGGCUGGCUCCCUCUGCACCGGGCCGCUGUGCAGCCACACACACAGGUCCUGGAGGCUGUGCUGCAAGCAUCUACUGAGCUAACGCUGGAGGAGCUGACUGCAAAUGGGGAUACGGCCCUCAUCCUGGCUGUUGAAGCCGGUUUAGUGGAAAAUGUCACCGCCCUGUUAAAACAUGGAGCGUCUCCUCACAACACAAAUGACAAGAACGAGUCGCCUUUGCUUCUAGCGGUCAGAUUAAAAUGUUACGAGAUGGCCUUUGCACUGAUGAUGGGAGGAGCCUUUGUGGACCAGGUCUGUCAGAAGAAGAGGACAGCCCUCCAUGAAGCUGCCAAGGUGGGUUGUCCCACCAUUCUGAUGCUGCUGCUUCGACAUGGGGCCAAAGUGUCUACUUCAGCUUCUUAUACAACAUGUGCCCUGAGGACCCUCCUGCCCCUCACCACAGAGAGAGCCAUUCGUAUCUCCGGCCACAGUCCGGUGCACUUGGCGGCAGACGGGGGCCAGUCCCAGUGUCUGCAGCUGCUCAUAGACCAAGGAUUCGACGUCAAUGUCCCACUGGAAACACAUAUGUCUGAGAACUAUGGAGACCGCAGGAGAAGUGCACUUUACUUUGCUGUGUGUAACGGAGACGUGACGUGUGCACAGAUGUUACUUGAAGCAGGAGCAAGAAGUGACCUAGAUCCUCUACGAUGCAUUUUGGUGGCCAUUCGUGCAGAGAGGUAUGAGCUUGUUCGUCUGCUGUUGUCCCAUGGAGCUGAUGUGAACUGCUACUUCAACGCCAUCAGCCACACAGUGUUCCCCACCGGCCUGCAGUACUGUCUGAGGGACCCGCUCAUGCGCCGCCUACUGUUCAACUCUGGAUAUGACGCCUACAAGUGUUUCCAGUGCUGUUGUGGAGACAGUGAGGAGCUGGACAGUUCCUGGGCCCAACUCCACAACCAGGUCUAUCAGAUCUACAGCCAGCCAGACGCAAUCACAUUCUGUGAGUUUGUGUCGGUUUCGUGGCUCGAGCGGGAUGUGGUGGGCGGCGUGGUGAGGAUGCUCUUAGACUACGUGAGUUAUGUCCAUCUAUGUCCCAAACUACGGAAAAUCCUGGAGGACGGACCUGAGUGGGAGGACAUUUCAGGCAUCCUCAAUUCUCCCCGCUCCCUGCAGCACUUGUCUCGGCUGGUGGUCAGAAGUCACAUUUCCCCAAAGAUACUGAACAGUGCUGCGGCCAUGGCUGAGGUUCCCCUGCCUCCCAGAGUGAAGAACUACCUCAGCUACAGAGAGUACGACCUUCACGGGGACAUAUAG